AUGCUCAAGCAUGUAUCAUCAACAUUUUAUCCUCGAACAUUUUAUCCUUAUAUCGCGGUUAUAGCUGAAAAUCGAAAUGUUCCAUUAUUAAUAACAGUUAUUUCAAAUGUUCUUGAACAUAUUCCUGCUACAUGGCCGAUACAAUUAUUCCAUGGACCAGAUAAUGGAUACAAAUUAUUUAAAGAUUCUGUGUUGUCUGAAUCAAUUCGAAGUGGAAAACUCAUUUUAACCCAGCUGAAUUUAACGUUUAACGCAAAUCUUUUAUUUACGAAUAUUAACUUUUGGAAGCAAAUACGCGGAGAGAAGAUACUUCUGUUUCAGCUUGAUUCGAUAUUUUGUUCAAAUAGUCCACAUAAGAUAACUGGUAAUUAUGUGACUAAUUUUGUGUUGAAUGCAUGAGUUAUUGUAGUGUGAGUGAUUUGUUUAAAGAUAAUUCGAUUUUGUGGCUUU